GGUGCAAGUUGAAUUCUAUAUGAAUGAAAACACAUUUAAAGAGAGGCUAAAGCUCUUCUUCAUCAAAAACCAAAGAUCAAGUCUGAGAAUACGAUUGUUCAAUUUUUCUCUCAAGCUACUAAGCUGUUUCUUAUAUAUAAUUCGUGUGCUCCUGGAUGAUCCUACACAAGGAUGGUCUCCUAUUAUUUGGGUGAAUCGAAGCUUGCCUUUAUGGGGGUUACAGGUUUCUGUGGCUUUAAUAAGUCUCUUUGAAACUCUGCUGCUGAGUUAUCUAAGCUACAAGGGAAAUAUCUGGGAACAAAUUCUGAGAAUACCCUUUCUCCUGGAAAUAAUUAAUGCUGUCCCUUUCAUUAUCACGAUUUUCUGGCCAGUCCUAAGAAACCUGUUUAUUCCUGUAUUUUUAAAUUGUUGGCUGGCAAAGCAUGCUUUAGAGAAUAUGAUUAAUGAUCUUCACAGAGCUAUCCAACGCACACAGUCUGCAAUGUUUAACCAAGUCCUCAUUUUAAUAUCUACCUUACUAUGUCUUAUCUUCACUUGUAUUUGUGGAAUUCAGCAUCUGGAACGAGCAGGAAACAGGUUGACUCUCUUUGACUCCCUUUAUUUCUGCAUAGUGACAUUUUCCACUGUGGGCUUUGGGGAUGUUACACCCAAGAUAUGGCCUUCAAAGCUGCUUGUUGUCAUUAUGAUCUGUGUUGCUCUUGUGGUGUUGCCCAUACAGCUAUCUGACAUCUCAUUAUGGGUAUCUAUUCAACAACUUUAA